AAGAGGAUACAUGCAAGUUAUAACGUCAGCACAAGUCAUCCUCAACAAUUCUCUGUUUAAAUAUGAAAAUGCUCGAAUGGCGAUAGCGUUCAGUCUGUUCUUCGAUAUGCGGCGCUGUUGUCAGCGAUCAGUCGCAGUUCAGGCGCAACUUGCGCACAGCAGCGGUGUUUUUUAAGUGACAGGUGUCUGUUCAGCGAAGAAUUGAUGGGAUAGGUUUACCUGCAAAUGUGGCUGCAGCUGUUUCUUAGACAUGGACCAUAAGAAUGUGUUUUCAGCAUUGCAGACGGUAUGUUCAGAUGUUAUCUCGGCUCUUUAUGGAUCCCCCAAUUCUUCAAAUGGCGACACCACUGAUCGUCUGUUGGGUGUGAUGAGGCAGAUUCAGGAACAUGGCCGUGCUGUGGAACCCUUGGUUACUGGCUUUACUGCGGUCUAUCACCAUUUUGACUUUGAUGCUCAGACACCUGCCAAUGGAUUUCGGACCUUAGUGAAAGUAGUACAUUCCUGUGUCAUCUACAUCAUCCAAAAGGCCCGUUACAUUGCCUCAAACUACAGUGGAACAUUUUUCCGGAUAGAGCAUAAUGUGGCAGAAAUGGAAGCGUACUGUAGUGCCCUGUGCCAGCUGCGGGCAUUGCUUUACCUGGCACAGGUAUUACUAAAUGACAAUGCCUAUGGCCAGCUCUAUUCACAAGAGGAAGGAGGUUUGAGUGAGAAAUUUGUGCAAGAGUACAUCUCCAUGCAUAAGGCUUGUUUCUAUGGCCGUUGCUUGGGCUUCCAGUUUUCCCCAUCUCUCAGGCCUUUUCUACAGACAGUGGUCAUCAGUAUGGUAUCCUUUGGUGAAAACUACAAGAAACAGCAAACUGGUAUAGGCAUAGCAGCUCUCUCUUUCUUCACAUCUGGCAAAUAUGCGAUGAACCCUGAGCUGAGAGGGGCAGAGUUUGAGCGCAUCACUCAAAAUUUAGAUAUGCAGUUUUGGAAAACCUUUUGGAACCUAACAGAGACAGAGCUAUUAUCAAGUUUGUCAAGGAUUGCUUCCAGUGUGGUGCAAGUGAAUCUGACAUUAACAGUGCCAGCUGAAACGUUUAGUUUGCCACUCGCCUCUGACCCAACUCUCUCAGUCUCUGUGACCCCACCAGUUGCACACUGGGGCCCUGGGCCAGUUAAUGUGCGGCUGAUCUCACACAUGCUCCGCCAAGGACAGGACAGUGCAGAUCUGUUAGCAUUUUCUCGGUCUGAAGGGCCUUACCGUUCUUUACCUGCAAGUUUCAGUCGUCAGACAGCUCCUCUCACUCCUUGUCUUCUCAUUCACUUCCAUGGAGGAGGAUUUGUCGCACAAACUUCAAAAUCACAUGAGAAUUACUUGAAAAGCUGGUCAAAGGAUCUGGAUGUGCCUAUUCUCUCAGUGGAUUACUCCUUGGCUCCAGAGGCCCCAUUCCCCCGAGCUCUAGAGGAGUGUUUCUACGCCUACUGUUGGGCCUUGAAGAAUUGCCACUUGCUGGGUUCGACUGCAGAGCGUGUUUGUUUGGUUGGGGAUAGUGCAGGUGGUAACCUGUGUAUAACCGUCUCUAUGAAGGCAAUGUCUUACGGUGUGCGCAUUCCUGAUGGAAUCGUGGCAGCGUACCCAGCAACUCUACUGACAACGGACUCCUCACCAUCCAGGCUGCUUACUCUCAUUGACCCUUUGCUGCCUUUGAGUGUGCUCUAUAAGUGCAUCGAUGCCUAUGUUGGUACAGGAAGUCAGACAGUUCAGCCAGCACGGCAUUUAGACACCCUGGACGCUUUGGGACAGGAUACAGUUAAGUUGUCAAGUAACUUUACACAGGGAGCGACCAAUUGUUUUAAAUCCUUAAUAGAUCCAAAAGCACCAUCAUCAUCAUCAUCCACUGCAACCACAUCAUCCAAUGGGCCUUCACCUUCCAAGUCACACUCUGAAGACAGGCCACAGGAAGUCCGAGAAUACCCUGAAAACUUUGAGCCACUCCGGUCGAGGUGUCUGGUGGAUAUACAGACACCUUGCACACCAAUAAUGAAAAACCCCUUUGUGUCCCCUCUACUUGCUCCAGACAGUCUACUCAAGGGGCUGCCACCAGUGCAUAUAGUGGCCUCUGCUCUGGAUGCCCUGUUAGAUGAUUCAGUGAUGUUUGCCAAAAAGCUGAGAAAUAUGAACCAGCCAGUGACACUCACUGUGGUAGAGGACCUCCCCCACGGCUUCCUGAGCCUGUUAAAGCUCUCCAAAGAAACCCAGGAGGCAUCUAACAUAUGUGUUCAACGAAUCAGAGAAGUCUUCCAGCAAGAAGAAGUACCUCCUGCUCACAGACAGCCAAGGCUCAGUUAGACAAAGCUUUAUGCUUGAGAAUGUCAGGGAAAUAAAUAAGAGCAAAUCUUGACAGGUCAUGAAAAUGUAGCAUCAACAAAUGUAGUCAAGAGUGAGCAGUACAAAAAAGCACCAGACUACAGGUGCAUCUCAAUAAAUUAGAAUGUCGUGGAAAAGUUCAUUUAU